UAUCCGCAGGGCCUCUGAGAAAAAAAGAGGACGAAAGAGAAAUGUGAGUGAGCAAAGUGGGCAGGGCGGCGUUAGUGACGGCGGUGAUGGAAUUGGGCGACUCCGCUCAGAGUUGACGUCUGGUUUUUGAGGUGAAGCUUCACCGCAGGGCCCCAGGUUUACAGCAGUGUGAGACGCUUUGAGACACAGCUGAGCCUCAGCAGAUCAGAGGCCAGUUUCCCUGCAGAACAGCAGGACGGUCCUGCUGCUGAUCCGUGGGAGCAGAGAGAAGAAAAGGUUCACAGUCAGCGACCUGAAGAGCCUAAAGAGCCUGAAGAGCCUGACGAUGUUUGUUCUGAGGAUGUUUCUGCUGCUGGGACUGAGCUGGACAUGUCGAGCUGUGUCAGGUGACCCGUGGGGUCAGUGUCCGGUCAACAGAAAGUGUAAGGACAAGUUCGGAGACGGGUCAUGUGACAGAGACUGUAUGGAGCCCGAGUGUCUCAGAGACGGCUUCGACUGUGAGAAGGACAGAGGCCACUGCAAUCCAGACCACAUCAAGUACUGCCGCGAUCACUACGCCGACUCCCACUGUGGCCAGGGAUGUAACAGCGCCCCCUGCGGGUGGGACGGCAGUGACUGCUUCACACAGCAGAGCCCUCGGUGGGCGAAAGGAACCCUGGUGCUUCACACCAACAUCCCGCUGGAACGUGGCACGUUCUCCAACAGCUCGCUGCUGUGGGCGCUCAGCAUCCUGCUCCAGUCGCCGCUCAAGCUCCGAGGGUUCACGCAGCUCGCCGCCAACAGAAACUUGUUUGACUUUGACCCUCAGCAGCUCAUCGACCUGCUGUCUCAGGCAAAGCCCGCUGACUCCAACGGCUCCCUCCUUUUCCUCCAAGUGGACAACAGGCCAUGCUCCCGUUUGCCCUCUACCUGUUUCCCCUACGCCACAGAGGUGGCCAGUUUCCUACGUGCUGUGAUGAUCCUGAAGCCCACCUCGUUCCCUGCCCUCCCGGAGCUGAAGGCCGUCAUCAGCAUCAGAGGCGUCCGAGAGGAAAUAGGGAGCAGAAAGGAGGAAACGGUGAAAGUGCCAGUUGAAGACCCAAAACCUGUGUGGCUGUGGGCGGUGGUCGCCAUAGCAAUCGGCCUGCUACUGUUGCUGCCCCUGGUGGUGUUCCUGGUGGUGAGGAGGGUGAGGCAGCAGCGGGCGGAGAGGGAGGUGAACAACAGGGUGAGACACCGGUCCACAGUCACCGAAAACGGCAACGGCAAUGACAAAAAAGCCAAAUCCUGGGCGCCACACGCCGCUCACCAGGAACAACGAGUCCGAUCCAGCAGAGAGAAGGACAAGAUCAGCCUGAGGAAAAAGAAGAAAGCCAAGGAAGCGGAGAAAAAGAGGAGGAGGGAACCACUGGGCGAGGACGCCAUUCGAAUGCGGCCUCUCAAAAGGGACCAGGAUAUAGGAAGUGACACAGAUUUUACCCAGAGUUCCAUGGAAGACAUCAACGCGAGAUGUUCCAGACGACAAGAGGACACCACCAUCUGUGACCACAGGACGCAGGAGCAAAAACACUACAGAGCCGGGCCCUCGCAGUCCCACAGAGCCGUACAGUCUCCACCUAGAGGAUGGGAGAGAGGGGCCAUGCCUCCUCCACUGCUCAGCCCUCCACAACAGUCGGCAGAGUGGUGUGGCCCUGAUGGGUCUGUGGUUCUGAUCCGAGCCGUGCGUAGUGGACUGGACAGAGUGGUUUUGGAGCUGCUGCGAGCGGGAGUACCAGUCAAUAACACUGAUCAUACUGGGAGAUCAGCCCUGCACUGGGCUUGUUCAGUAAACCACCUCUCCCUCACAAGGACCCUCGUACGCUAUGGGGCCGCUGUGGACCUGCAAGAUAACAAGGGCGAGACACCGCUCUUCCUCUCUGCCCUCCACGGUUGCUACGACACUGCCAGGCUCCUUCUCCUUCACGGCGCCAACCUUGAGCUGCAUGAUCGAAGGGGGCGGCGACCCAUCGACGUGGCCAGAGAGGGGAUGCGUCACCAGAUCCUGGAGCUCCUUCUGGCUCACCAAAUCCAGAGAGGGCCCGUUACCGUCGACUCGGCCAAUGACAUGAUGUGGGAGGAGCGUGCACUGAUCUACUCGCCGUGGGUCGGGUCACCUGGUCCGGGCCUGCCUGGUAGAAGUGCCUCCUUCUCUGGGAUUGUAGGGCAUCGGGAUAUGACGCCACCACCACAAAAUGACUGGUCGAUGAACAGAGUGCAGUAUCCCUCCCCUCAGAACUGGCGACCACAGCUCAACCAAUCAGCGACGGCGCUGGUCCCUCCGAGGGUCAUGGGCCGCUCCCCUCGUCCAAUCAGCACCUUACAGGAGGUGACCUCCGAAGACGAGGACCGCGACAGGCACCACGACGUCCCCCGAGCGGCCACGCCUCACUUCCUGUCUCCCCAACCGGCGCCGCGUCAGCGCUCCUUCUCCUGCACCCAGCAUGCACUGCAGCGUCGCUCCAGUGCGUACCAGCCGGACCCCACGUACAUCAUCGUGACGGACAGAACGACCAACGAGAGCGCGGAAAGAGUCGCCGCGCCGCCUCCCACAGAUGCUGGCGUCCAAUCGGAGCAACCGCCACUCGUCAACGGGGACAAUCCCAGUCGAGCAGAGCAGGCAGCGGUGAGUUCACUGCAUACAGAGCAGAAAUCCAGAGGUGAGAGGUCAAACAACACCGCCAACUCCACACAAACAGCCCUGUAGAGAUGCAAACAUUCACAGAUGUGGUGCAGAGACUGAUCCCAUUUCUCAAGCCAACCCAACCAAACCUAGACCAGGACGAGGUGACAGCGGCCUCAACCUGAAACAGGAGUGAAACAUUAUUUCACCGGAGAAGAAAGAAGAAGAAGAAAGGGAAGGGGAAAAGAGAAAUACAACAUGAGAAGAACAGCAGCAGAGGUCACAGACAACACUUAAAGUUCUGAAGUCGACCUGAAGACAAGAAAUUCAAUUCAAUUUUAUUUGAACAUCAUGGAGAGCAGAAAAAACCCAACAACUCACACAAUGAGCAAACACUAGGCAUCAGUGUGGAGAAAAAAAAACUCCCUUUUAACAGGAAGAAGAAAUCUCUGACAGAACCAGUCCCAAAGAUCUGCCUAGACAGGUUGGGGUGAAAAAAAAAUGGGGGACAGAAAGGGGUGGGGACAAGAGGGAGGUGAGGUAGAGACUUCAGUCCAUGUAAGUCAGAACAGAGUGACAGUACGACUACAACCGGACUUUUUAAAGACACUUUUUAAACAUGUUUAGUCUGACUGAAAUUGUACUAAAACAUAUUUCUGAAAGUUGUACUUAACACUCCCAGAUAAUGAAAUUGGGAUUUGAGCUACUACAGCAUGUACUUAUACCUUAAAUUGAUAUUCAUUGACAUUGUUUAAGGUUGGUUUCAUACACACACAAAAAUACCCAACUCUAAACACUGUAGUACUUAUGCCAGGCUUGUAUUUGGUGCAAUAACGCUGCCACAGAAGACGUGGAGCAUGGUGCAUGAAGCUUACAUGCUGUGUACAAAAGGGAAUUUUCCAAAAAAUAGCAUUUUAGGGCUCCCAAAAAAACGCCACAAAAAGGCCAAUUUGCAGAUUUGUUCUCCUGUGUUUGGGCCCUCAGAUGUCAAAUUAUAACUACUUUUACCUUUGUUGUACUGGGGGGUUAUACUGCAGCCAGCCACUAGGGGGCACUGUAAAAGGGGGGUGGCUUCACUAGUGGGAGCUUUCAUGUCAGUUCCAAGUACAUACACAGUUAAUUUUGGUGAAUUGUCCAGCUCUUUGGUGUCAUGUGACACAUUUGCUUUCUUAUUUGUCCUCAAACACAAACCUGCCUCCUCUCCAGUUUUCACUCUGCCAAAGUUUCUAUAAGUUAUUACUUUCCCUUUCUUACCCAGAGAGGACGAUGAUGUUUGUUGUAUUCACAUUUUCUAACUGGUUACGUUCAGAUUUUUAUUGCAGGAUUAUUCAAGGUGACGUGCUUGUAAAAAGAAUAAUAUUAAUGAAUGAAGUGCAUGUAGUUGCACAAAGGCGUCUGAAUCCUGUCAAUGUAUGUAUUAAAUUGAUUGAUUAAA